ACCUGCUCCUUCCCUUCAUUAGUUACCUCUCUCCCUCUUCAUGAUGCAUACUACCUCAUAGCCAACAAGAGUAGCCAUUCUAAAUUUAAAACAAGGAAGGCAAACACUCACAGAUUAUACAAGAUCAACGAUUCAAUAACAAGUACAUGAACAAGUAUACUCCAAGAAACUUCUAAUCGGGAAUCAUUUCCCCACCCCCAGAUAUGAUUAGGGCUAGCCCUUCGGUGGAUAAGACAAUCUAACCCCUCCUUCUGCGGCCCCUCCGACAACAUCGUCUCCGAGCUAGCAUUAACUAACACUAAGUGGUGUCCUUUACCCCAGAGAACGUCAUAUAUAGUACUUCCAUUGUACUUGACUUAUAGGAUUGAGUUAAUUGAACGGGUUGUUCCGUGUUUUCGUUAGAGCUUGGUACCAUGUCUGAUCCUAAGACUUUGAGAUCGGAGAUUAUUGCUAGGGGUCCUUUGGACCCUAAAGAGGCUAGAUGGACGAGAUUAGUCAAGACUACAUACCGGGAUCCUACCGGCGUAGAAAGGACGUGGGAGUCAGCAGAGCGGCAGACCCGCCCGGCAAACUGCGCAAUUGACGGCGUGGGGAUAGUGACCAUUCUCAACAAGUCGACGGGCCCAGAACUCCUUCUCCAGAAACAGUAUCGUCCCCCUAUUGACAAGGUGGUUAUUGAAGUUCCGGCUGGCCUCAUAGAUGCUGGCGAGACAGUGGAAGAAUGUGCCGUGCGUGAGCUUAAGGAGGAAACGGGCUAUGUGGGAGUGGCGGAGCAAACGAGUACCGUGAUGUAUAAUGAUCCCGGCUUUUGUAACACUAACCUCAAUAUGGUUCAUGUCCGGGUAGAUAUGUCCUUACCAGAGAACCAAAACCCUCAGCCACAACUCGAAGAAAACGAAUUCAUCGAAUCUUUCACUGUGCCGCUAGCCUCGCUUUUCGGAGAAAUGAAAAAACUUGAGGCCGAAGGAUAUGCUAUUGAUGCCCGCGUGGGAACAAUAGCAGAGGGUAUCGAACUUGCGCAGAAGUGGAAGCUAUAGAUUUGAGCAGCUGAUAGCACGAACUUUCAAUUACCGCUUAUAGAUGAGGUUUAGCGUUGUUAUAAACGUCAAUGUGAUGCAUCUUUAUAUCCAUUCGACACUCUGCUGUAAAGCCCUACGGCAAUUCGAUGACGCGGCCGUCAGGGAAAGACCCAUGUCUAAUUCAUAUUUUCCCCUCCUCUUUGAGUCCUUUAUACAGCGCCCAUGCUGCGAGUGUCUUUCCAUCCCGUAAUCCCUCCUUCCACAGUUCCUUCAAAGGAACUAAUUUUAGCGUGAUCUUCUCCCCUUCCUCACGUAGCCCGGUCAAUCGUCCCUGUAGUUUCUCAAU